AUGAAAAUCGCAAUGUUUGUGCUACUUUCUUGUCUGGUGGCGGUAAUAUCGGCUAGACCUGAGAGCUAUACCACAAAAUGGGAUAACAUUGAUAUUAAUCAAAUUCUAAACAAUGAUCGAAUCUUGAACAAUUACGUCAACUGCUUGUUGGAAAAGGGAAACUGUACUCCUGAUGGAAGAGAACUCAAGAGUGUCCUUCCAGACGCUUUAGAAACCGAGUGCACAAAAUGCAGUCAAAAACAAAAGGAUGGUUCAAAGAGAAUAAUCAAAUUUUUAGUGCGAAACAAGCCGGACCUGUGGGAAAAAUUAAUGGAGAAAUACGAUGCAGACAAGAAGUACCGGGGAAAAUACGAAGAUCAAGCGAAAGCUGAGGGAAUAGAGAUCCGGGGUAAGUUGAAAAUCACUAGUAAACUAACAACGAUGAGACCCCUGGUAUUUUUAUUGUUAAUCGCCGUCGCUGUUGCGGAGGAAAAGUUAAUGUAUACAACGAAAUACGAUAAAUUGGAUAUAGACUCGAUCAUCAAGAACGAUAGACUAGUCAAGAAUUACAUUGGCUGCCUGAUGGAUGAAAAGCCGUGCACACCUGAAGGGAAUGAGUUAAAAAGAAAUUUACCUGAUGCAUUAGAAACAGGCUGUGCUAGUUGUAGUGAGGCCCAAAAGACAAUGGCUGAAAAAUUUUACCAUCACUUGAUCGACAACAGAAUUGACGAUUGGAUGCGCCUAGAAAACAAAUACGAUCCUCACGGUAACUACCGGAAAAACUACCUCGGCCAGGAUGUUGAGACUACCCCUGCUUUUUGAAGUAAUCAAUCAUCCACAUGUGUAAGAUGAAUCCCACCUCAAAAAUAAAUAGCUUUUUCUUCUCGUUUAAAGAUCUUUUUCUCAAAGCAACACUGAAAUCAUUUUUUUUCUUCUAAACUAGCGUGCCCCAUUGACAUAUGUUGAUACAGUAACAUAAUAAAUCACUACGAAAUUGUUAUGCAAGUGAGUGAUUUUUAUUACAUAAGUUGAAUUUAUUCCUACUCUUACUAUUAACUUAUCAAAUAUACUAUGACUAUGUACACAUAUAGUAUACCAUAAAGUAGGCCCUUGGGUUUCAAUUCUA